UGUUCCAAUCAUUAAAUCUGCAGCUCAUUCAUCCUCUCCAAAACUUUCUCCCCCAUUUUGCAGGUUCGGAUGGCAUCAGCACCUCGGAAAGCACUAGCAAAGCAGCUCAAGGAGCAUCUCCAAGAACAACAAGAACCUUUUACAUUAGACGAUUACCUUUCAGAAAAAGGGCAUACAGUGAAAUGCUUGAAAUCUAAUGUUGGAGGUGGUUGUUGCCCCGUCAAUUUGUUCAAGAACCAGGAGAAACCAGGCAGUCGCGAACUGUUUUCGCGCUCUACAAGGAUAAUAAAGCUAGUUCUGUUCAAGCUCAUUUCUGCAAAUCCAAGCCAGGAGCCUUGCCUUCCAUAUUGUAGUAAAGCCCAGAAGGAUAAAUUUCAGACAGCUGAAAUUAUAAAAGGAUUUACUGCAGGACAGGUACUAACUUCGUUUAGCAUCUCUCAGCAAUGCAGCCUUGAAGAGGAAUCUCUGCCUCCAAGAUAUCCACAUUGGUUCUCAAGCAGAAGUUGUCAACCUUCAUUUCUUGACAAUAUGAAACAACAACAGCAAAAGUUAAAGCUCAGUUACUCAAAGGGAUUACAGACAGCUACAGAUACACACUACCAGAGAGAAUGCAUGAAAGAGAAGCAUCCAAAUGAAGUGUCAAACAGGAAAGAGUUGCAAGUAAAACCACACAGCAAAUUUGGAUUUACAGAACUCAAUGUGACAACCAAGGAGCAGUUAAAGCUAGGGAAGCUUCUAUUUGAUUGCAUUGAUGAAUCCACAGAAAACCAAAUCCAAGUUAGGAAAAAGAGGCAAAACUGCAACGAAAUGUUUAUGGGUCUGAAAGGGAUUGAAAAGCACAAUGACUUGUGGAGGAAAAACUUCAGAGAUCUUAUCUCUAGCACAUUUGCUGAAUGGAAUUAUUCCCAGCAACUUCAGAGGGAUAUAGGCAUAGACAUAGUGGAUUCUAUCAUGGAAUUUCCAGCAAUCCAUGGCACAGGCUUGAACAAGCAAGCCUUUGACAUGGGUCUGAUAACCACUACAGUUCUAGGUUUUCAAAAAGAACUAAGCACUCUUAACUCCUUGAGUCAAGUUCAACACCACCAGUCAUCAACAACUGAGUAGUUGUAAAUUCAUGCUUACCAUUGUAAAGUUAACCAUGGCAUAGAAGUGAAAGGCUUGUUGAUAAUAGAAAAGAGAAAAUGGCAACUAAUGGGAAGUAUAUAAACCUGCACAAGUUUUUUUGUUUUAUGUUCCCUGUAUUUCAGAUAGCAAGAGAUGAAUAAAGUGCACAACUGUCC